UUUAGUAUAAAAUGGAACAGUUUUAGUGAGAAAUCAAUGCAGUUCUGUUUCUUGUGUUAAAACAAUAUAAUCAUGAAUGUAGUUUUUAUUUUAGGGGUUGUUGCUUUGUUUGAGGUAGCUCAGGCUGAUCCUAAAUGUCCAGAUGGCGCUAAAAUUUAUGCUUUAGAUAUGUCAGAUGAUGACCAAGCGGUGGCCUUAGCUGAACACAAUCACUAUCGACAGAUGAUUCUGGAUGGUGAAGUUGAUGGUCAACCACAAGCUCAGGAAAUGCCUAUGCUCGAUUACGACAAUGACCUAGAAUAUGGCGCUUAUGAGGUGGUCAUCACCUGCAAAAUGGAACAUAUGAUCAGCCCUGAUCAACGUUUCAGUGUUGGUCAAAACUUAUUUAUUUCGUGGUCGUCGAAUUUGAAUACCACUGCGGAUUGGCCAGCAGCUGUCAAGGAUUGGUUUGAUGAGAACGAAGGUUACAAUUAUCCAGAAAUAUCUAAUAAUGCUCUUCAUUACACUCAAGUGGUUUGGGCUAAAACUACAUUGGUUGGCUGUUACUUUAUUACAUAUUAUGAUAAUGACCCACAGAUGGCUCAAUAUCCGUAUGCUAGGUUGUAUGGUUGCAACUAUGGUCCAGCUGGUAAUAUGCAAGGAGAGGCCCCAUAUGAAGAAGUAUAAUAAUUUAUAUAAAUUAUUUAUGCAUUUGAAGAGAAUUUGACGAAUAAAUUCAAAUUUAUUGAGAAAAA